AUGGCACAGGACGAGAAACUGAUCAGCAAAACCGUUGACUACGUCCGUCUCGAACUGAUUGGGAUAGUCAUGGCUAACUUGGUCGAGUUUUUCAUGGUUGUUUUUGUUCUGUUAAACGCCCAACGCCACAUCUAUGUAAUCCUUGCAAUCAAGAUGUCUCUCUCUAUCGUGCUUGAUUCCUUCUUUCUAAGCGAGUCAAUCGAUGUCUCGCUUAAGUUGGGCGUCAACGGCAUCGCAUACACAAAUAUCGCAACAGCCACCGUAACCUUUAUCUAUGCUACCUGCGUCUUCUGCAGGAUGUACGGCUACUGCCUUGCUAGGCCGAACUUCGCAUGGCUACGUGACUGGUCGUUCGUUGGUCUAUUCUCAGGACUUGACUCGCUGACACGGAAUGCCGCCUACCUCCUCAUGAUAAUCCGAAUGAUGAACGUUGUUAAGAAGCAAGGAACGUACUGGUUGGCUAACUCCUUUGUUUGGUCUUGGCUUCUCUUGCCGUUCUUAUCUCUUUCCAAAGUGCUUAUCCAAGAUACGUCCAACACAAAUGACGUCAUGGACCACCGCAUCAAGACUCUAGCUUAUUACGUCAUUGUUAUGUGUAUUGCUGCAGUAUGGUGCGUCACAAUUCCGGGAUGGAAAGGCUUCUUUAACGUUGUCCUCAACGUUGAGAAGACAGAUGAGAUGUUUCGUCUUGCAACCAUUCUUGCGCCAUUUUACAUGCUCUUUAUGUUGAAUACUUUAAUGGACAGUGUCUUCUAUGGAAAGGGCAAGACCCAGAUGUUGGCUAUACAGUCGAUUAUAACAAACAUAGUGGUCUAUGGCAUUGCUUUUGCCUUAUUCAAGGCAGAUGUAUUUGAUCCAUCACUGACCAGUAUCGCCAUCCUUUUCGGAGCUGGUAUCACUAUGGAUUCUUUCUUAACUUUUGGUCUCUACUAUAUAUUUCUUCGCAAGGUCCAAUUCGAGCUCUAAACUGUUCUCUGCGAUAUAUUUUUAUGACGGACUAUAGACAAAUGGAGCAAACUGAUUGGACCAUAGGCUGACAGAGCUGACGCUCACAAUCGGAUUACUAAUUUUUGACAUUCAUAAUAUAAAACGAAACGUUUUCUCCCUUAUAAUUUCUUGCCGUAAAGCCAGUCGAAUCAGAAAAGUAUUUAACCGGCGUUUCUUGCCGCUUCCAAUAAUUUCAUAGGAUGUUUAAACUGCAUGCUUUUGAUCAUGACUACUAACUCUAUAUUAUACAAAGGCGUCAAUCCUUGGGGAAUCGGAGGAACUCCUCUACAUAUAUUAUAUACAGUAUUAGAUUGUGUCAAAUAAUUUGCUUAUUAUUAGAUUGUAUAACAAUUUACUGUAAUUUACGUCUAUUAUGUAAUAUUUCAAAUCCGACUAUGAGGACAGGACUAAAUUUCAAGUCCGACUAAGUUUCAAAUGUCAAGCAAUUUAAUCAAAAUGCGAGGACUUGAAAUCUAGUCCAGUAGGAAUUGGAGGAUUGGAAAUGAUAUCUCGUACGAAAUCACUACUUAUUUAAAAUGAAUUGAAUUAAUUUUGAUCUAAUCUUAAGGUAAUUCCGCAGUAAUUGUUCCCGAAAUGAGAAUGUGCUGAAACUUCCCAGGCAUGGAGUUUAUGAUAUACUUAAAGUAAAAUCACACAAAAAAGUCGGGGUCACCGAACUCGUUAAGAAGAUAUGACAAUCACAAUAUACCACCUUUACCCCAAUAUGGCGCCAUCUUGACGCUCAUUACGAGUAACAGCAAAAUCACAACAGCCCGAUAUUUAUUGACGUUUUUAGCGCGGAUUUUGCUUUAGUAAACCUAUCUUGUAAUUAUUUUUGAAAAAUAUUGUGUUUUGAGCAAAAUGAAACUACUAACGUGUACAAUUCUGAUCCACAAAUGUCUUUUCCACAUUUCUUUACAUAUCUUUCUUUGAGAACAUGCAUUGAUAAAGGAUUUUUUUCAAGAUCCAGAAAUGAUUUUUCUUUUAAUUUCGGAUAUGAAAUGUAAAAUGCAUUAAAGAAAUAAAUUAUCAGUUAAAAAACGGGGGUCACCGAUCUUUUUAGGGAAUUGUGGCAUUAAAACGUGAAAUACAAGUAAAUAAAUAUACUACAGACACAGGAAACCCUAGCUACACUUUUGUAUGCCUUUUUUGAAAACAUUGAUUUUAACGUAAUUCUUUGCACGAAUGUAACCAAAGAUGUUUUGAAGUAACAUAAAAUUGUCAUAAAAUGAUUUUUUUUAAACGGUACGUAUAAUGGAUGAAAUUAUAAGUUAUAAGAUGUGCGCAGUAAAAGUGCGCAAUGCAAAACUGCGGAAUUACCUUAAGACUAGAUACUGCAAUAUAAUUCACUAGGUAUCCAGUAAGAUCACGUGAACAAAAUAAAGCAAUAUGGUUGGCUAAUUUACUGGUGAAUGAUUAAUGAGUUUGAGUUAUCCUUCCACACCGCGGAUUUACAAGAAUAUGUGACAUUAGUAUUUUUGCACAAGUGAACAUAACAAAUCCUACAAGUUGAUUGGUCAAAUUUGACGUAUUAAGCUGUUAUAUUCACCUAUACAUGCCGGUGAAUAUAACAAAACCGAAAUUUUCAAAAUGGCGGCUAGCUAUUUUGUGGACGUUAUACUGAUAAAGAAAUAAGCGAAAUUAAAAUAAAUUCAGUCCCAAAAAACUCAAGAAUACUAAAACAAUUAUUCCCCUCAGGCUCGGUGAUUAUCGGGGAAUAUAUUCACCUCGACUUCGUCUCUGCGAUAUUCCCCGUAAUCACCUCGCCUUCGGCGAAUAAUUGUUAAAUGCAAAAUUUUGGUAGUCGAUACCUACAAUCAUGAACAAAAUUACUCGGACAAACACAUUAAAUACAAAGAGGGUUGCACAAUCUCUAAAGUAUCCUCCAAAAAUCCGCCCCCCUCCCCUGAUACAAUGUUGGUGAACCCUCGAGGCAUGUACCAUUGUAUCAGGGGAGAAGGAAUGCAACUAUUUUGUAGAUGAAAGCAUCCGUGAUAUGUAAACUUCAGCCAUGAAGAAACAGGGUCCGAGUAUUUUUUGUCAAAGAUUGUACAUAAGAAUUCAUGAUCGUCUGAAUAUCUAAACCUUUUCCGCUGUAAACAUUCGUAUUAAACAUUCGGGAUUACUUGAAAUCCUGUACAGUCCGAAUUCGAGGUUUUGAAAUAACAGAUUAUCAAGCGCGCGAAUGAGGCGGCGGGGCAGCCCGAUUUAAAAAGGGCACUUACUUCAAUGCCUUAAUGUUUGCUGUACGGAUUAGACAAAUUUCCGCAUUGAUUGGAACAUUUUUAUUCGUUGGACGACGCUAAAGACUAAAAUGCAUUGUAAAACAACAUGACAUUUUGUCAAUUAUUUUAGGAAGGCUUUCUUUUUUACUUUUCCCGCGCUAUUUCCACACAGCCCCCACCCCCGCUGUCCCUGUGGAUCGCCCUCCCCCCUGCAUCUCAUACGAAUAUGACCAUUACCUAAAGUUAAUUGAUUUUGACCCAAUGCCAUGUAUAUAUAUCAACAUGAAAGUAAUUCGCGCAUGUGGAUAUAGGAGGUGACCCGGUCUUAUUUUGGAGGUACAUAAAACGACAAAUUGCAGUCCAACAACUUAUAAUUAAUGCAAAUUAAAUAUUAUAACUUUCAGGUUCACUUACCUUGAACUGGACACUGAUGGUGAUGGUAAUGUUUAUAAUUUGUUAAAUUCAAAUAUAUCAUUUAAUGUCUUGCCAACUUUUGGCCAACUUUUCCAGUCAAGGGAAGUGGGCUGAAACACUCAGUUAAAAAAAGCUCUCGGUCGCAUCAGCCUCGUGUUUUCAUUGUCUUUUUUUGAUGUACAAAUUUCGGAGCGACAAAAAUCACUUGGUAAAUAAACAACCUCAUGAAUUUAUUAUUCUCUCACUUUGCUUUAUAUAAACAACAGCCCAAGAAUUUACUUGAUGCAAAAUAAUGAAAAUGUAACCUAUAUAUGUUUUUACUUGUCUAAAUUUCAUCAACCGGGGAGGAGGAUAAACUAUAUAUACAUUCACUAAAGGGGCUGCAGUACAUUUGUUUCUUACUUUUAGGUAAAAUUUCACACAAAGAACUAUUUUAUGGAUUAGAAGGUGAUAACUACAACAAGUUCUACACGUAUUUAGAAAAUUUGAAAACGGUUAAUCCUGAACGAAGGGUCCGGUACAGUGACACGGUUUUCGUAAAGCCACGGACUGCGAAGGAGUUAUUCGAAGAUCUUAGAUACAGGUUAGAAGACAGUAUGUAAUAUUGGAAAUAUAACUUCAGAUCUGACAUAUAUUUGUAUAGAUAAUAUAUAUAUAUAGCUCUGUCAGUUCUGUCUAAACUGUUCUCCCCAUAUAUAGGCCAUACAUGCAGUAUUCUAGCACUGGUCCAUGCAGUCAUUGGUAUACGGACCGGAAACCGCAGUACCCCCGGUAGAGUCAAAGAAGCACUUUCUCCGUACAUGCUUGUGAUUCAGACGAUGUGAUCAGACAUCUGCGUUAAUACAAUGCGUGAGUUCAAGCCUUUUAAGCAAACUGAACUGAAAGGCGAUAUACGACCAUGCAAAACUUGCCUUGUUAAAAUACUGGCUGUAUAGGGUAAUAGGCAUCCAGUGUGCUUUUUACCUUUCUUUGGGAUGUUAUUGAAUUAUUUUGCAUGUACAGAAAAAAUGCUUCCAAUGCUUCCUGAUCUUGGACCAAUGAGGGGUGGCUUCACCAGUCCACUUGGUGCAUAACGAUUGAAUUAAUCAAACUAUGUUGGUUUAGAUCCUCAUAAUUUUUUACCGUAUAUGUUAAGUAAUUAUUGGCUAAUCAAUUAUCUUUCAUUUCUCUGUUAGGAUUGUAAAUCUCACAGGAUUGCCCUAUGGUAUGGUUAGAGCUGGCGAGGAUUUGCAGGUAUAUGAUGGAAGAUACCAUUCUGUCAGUACAUCUUUUUAAAUGAGAUAAAGGCAAAGAAAAGCAUCGCUAGGCCUGCAUAAACUAGGAAGCAUUUUUACGAAAAUAUAUAUCAGAAUCAUGACGUUUCCUUUCUGAGAUGUUGGUUUUGCCGCUUUCUCUCCAUGCACUUAUCGACAUUUUUAAAUUUUUUCCUUCGGCCGUAGUUUUCAACCUUCAAUUUCUCUAUCAUGCAAAUAGGAAAUGGCACACCCAACAUCUGUUUAAAUUGACCAGUUUACUCUUAGAAGAAAUGUAGUCUACAAGCAAAUGUUUUUCGACAAAUGUUUCUUGGUUUUCUUAAAGGGGACAGUAUUUUCGCAAACAAAGUGGAUUACGUUAUCCUAUCCUGAAAUUUAAGUCUAAAGGCCUAAUUCCACGACGAGCGCGAAAAAUUUCGCGCGAAAAGGUUGAACGCAUGCGCAACAUGAUUUUGGAGUGUUUCUCUGCGAAAUACUUCUCUUCGCCGGGUAAUUGAAUUGGUUUCUACUCCGUUGCGAAAUGGAAAUAGCGAAGCCAAUCAAAAAUGCUUGUGUUUUGGAUGACAAAAUAGCGAAACCAAUCAAAUGCUUGUGUUUUAGCUAAUUUUUUCUCCACUGUGGAAAUCACAACGAGAGAAAAUAUUCGCACAAGUUUGUUUUCGCGCGACAUUUUUCGCAUUUCGCUAGUCGUGCAUGGUGAUUAGGCUUUAAGUGUGAGGUUGUUUCGUCUUUAUUGAAGGUGGUAAGAUAUCGAGCAAGUGGCCAUUACCAUUCGCAUCUUGAUUCUGAAAACAGCAUCAACAGCGAGGAAUGUUGUCAGUAUAGAAAUUGGAAAUCAGGCUGUAGACUGUGCAGGUAUACGAUAUUAUUUUAUUUUAUGACUUAUAAUUUAUUAUUUGUAUUACAUAGAGUAUUCCAACAAGGUACAACAAAUUGCUUGUUCCGUGUCUGUGUUUCAGUUCUCAUUAGAUUUUGCAGCACAGUAGUCAUUGAAAUAUAACUACCUGAAGACUGCAGUCUUUAGGCUUGUUAAUAUAUUUUUACAAAAAUGUUUAUUAAGACCAAACAUUGUCUAAAAGUAGAUAACUCAGUGUGUGCAAAUGUAUGCAUGUGUCCAAAAACGGAAACACUGUGAGUUAGAAAUUAUACAUUUCAAGUAACAUUCUGUUUGAAAGGAAUCCAUUUUUUAUAAUGGUCCCGUCUUUUGGUGUACAGUAUAUUAUUGUAGGCUAUAAAAUUAAAUCGAGACCAAUUAUGUUGGAUGUAAACUUUAAUUUUGUUUGUAUAGGUAUAUGACAGUGCUGUACUUUCUAAAUGAUGUGGAAGAAGGCGGAGAAACUGCAUUUCCUCUCGCUGAUAAUGCUACGGCUGAUUCAAAUGUAAGAGAUUUGUCAGCGUAAAAUUACGAUUAACAUUUCUAUAGCGCAAAUUUAAUGUGGACAUGGUCAAAUACGCUUUACAUCAAGUGUUACGCUUGCCUAAUUACUUUCCCUGUGGGAGGAAAGCGUUGACCGACUCUUUUCACAUGAGUCCAUAGCGAGAAUCGAACCCACGCGAACUCAGAGGUGAAAGUCGCUUGCUUUGAUGACUGAAGCGAAGCCCUUUACUAGGCUUACACUACAAUAGAUACAAUGGAAUACAAAGGAAUCUAUUGCUAUUUAGUAUAAACCUACUAGUAGGCUAUCACAUAUCGUGCCUUCUGGUUGGCUACGCUACUACUAGUAGGCUAUUAGUGAUAGCCUACUAAUAAAAAAUUCAAAAUGGCGGAAAAUUCGCGUUUUGCACUUUUGCCGAAGUGUCUGAUGAUUUUUUGGACGACUUGUUGAACAAUUCUGUACUAAAAACCCCGAAAAAGCAACAAAAAUAUGGAAUGGCAAUUUUCAAGGGUAAGAAAAUAGACAAAAUAACAUACACUCAAUGAAAUUUUAAAAUUAAAACUGAAUUUUGUAAAACAUUUUACGCGAACAAAAAAUAUUAAAAUAUUUGUUUAUCUUUAAUGGUUUUAUAAUGUUUUUUGUGUAUUUUUGUAUUGUGUUUGCAGCAUAGUUGUAAAUUAAUGUUAAAGUUUAUACUAAAACAAUUAGACAAUUCGGCCUCGUUGUCUAUGAGCAAAUAGUCAACUCGGCUUCGCCUCGUUGACUAUUCGCUCAUAGACAACUCGGUCUCGUUGUCUAAUUGUUAAAUAGUUCAAAACAACACUUAGCAAAUAAAUCAUUAAACAGUACAAUAAUCAACAUUUCCCAAGAUAGCUUCACAUCCUCGUCCCAGGCUUUUUCGCGCGGUCUUGGUAAGUAUUUUUGACUUCGUUUUGCCAUGCUUCUUGUGCUAUGCAUGCAUUUUGUUAUGAGGUCGGACCGGCUCUGUUUUGGUUAGACAUCGACAAAAUUGACAUAUAUUUCUGUAGAAAAUAAAUCUAAAAUUCUGAGUAAUAGAUGAAAAGAAUGUUCAGAGAAAAAAUUGAAAAAAUAUCGUGUACACAUUUGAAACUAUAGACAGUUUUAGAAAAGAGGGCAAGGCAAACAAGAUGACGCGGUCUCAAUUUCAGUUGAAACGUCGAAGUCUUCAAUACCUGGGGCGCUUUUAUUGUUGCGAUGUAUGGCAUAUAUACUUCCAAAAGCUGAUGACAUGUACUCAUCCGACCAUUUUUAUAUUAUAGGUUCUUUUUGGUGAAGGUCGUGAUAUUUUAGAUCUUGGACGUCACUGUCACGAUGCUAAUAUGUAUUACACACCCAAGAAGAGAUCGGCAUUGAUUUGGUAUAACCACAAAGUGGACCCAGAAACUGGCUGGUUUGGUGAUCUUGAUAUUCGAUCACUUCAUGGCGGAUGUAAUGUUAUCAAAGGUUCAAAAUGGAUUGCGAAUAACUGGAUCGAUGCCAGUUCUGAAUACUCGAACGAUAUUGACCUGUUCGUAAAGUCCCUUUUUGACAAGAAGCGCUGA